CAGAUACAUUUGGAGCGCGCAGAGCGCACGCACGACAAGUUUGUUUUUGUGUCGCGCUCGGUUCGCUGUCUGUGUUUUGGCACAUGUGGAAAAACCAACAUGUCAGACGAAGAAGGACAGACGUGUUACACGAUCGAGGUAGUGCUGGGAGACGAUACCGAGAGCAACGUUAGUGUCUCUGACUCGUCGUCAGAGGAUGAAGAUCUUUUGUAUCCUGACGACACGGAAGACACUCGUGAUUUAGAUUACGUUCCCCCGCCAUCGUCAAGUGAUGAUGAGGAUGAGGAUUGUGAGUCGCCCCUAACCAGUUUUCCAAGACCACCUCCAACAAGGCGGAAAACAAAAGCACGUCGUCAUCGCUGCUCGCCGCCAGUAGAUUUACAAACGUCACAGUCAACUCAAACAGAGCCAUCAGCGUCUUCCGCCACCUCUCAGUGGAAGAAAGCGCGCUGCUCCACCCUGGUAGAUGUACAACCCUCACAGUCACCUCAACCAGGCCCAUCAGCACCUACUCCCACCUCUCAGCAGGAGAAAGCACGCUGCUCCACCCCAGAAGAUGUACAUCCCUCACUAUCACCUCAAUCAGGCUCAUCAACAGCUACCCCCACCUCUCAGCGGAAGAGAGCACGCUCUCCGGGAAGUUCUACUCCAUCUAGGAAAUCGUCUAGAAAAAGGAGGUUGACAUUUGCAGAGAAUGGGGACGGGGACGGGGACAAGUGGCAAGACAGAGAGGAGGAGGACAUCAAACCCACUCCUCUCAGAUUUAUGCCGGCCCAGAAACCUGGCCCCACAUUUGACACCAGCACAGCAUGGUCUCCACUCAGCCUCUUCCAGCUUUUCUUCUCUGCUUCUGUGGUCAAAACAAUCAUUGAAAACACAAAUGCCAACGCUGCCAAAAGGAAGGAAGCUGGGUUGAAGUUCAAGUGGGAAGAGCUCACGGUGAAGGACUUUUACACAUUUUUAGCCAUCAUUGUUUACACUGGCCUUGUGUCAGUCCACCACAGGGCAGAUUACUGGAGGCAGCAAUGGCCAUACAACUUCUCCUUCCCCAAGGAAAAGAUGUCCCGGGACCGCUUUGAGGCCAUUUUGUGGUCACUUCAUCUGAGUGACCCAAAGGAAGAUGUAGAAAAUGAAAAGAAAAGGAACACCGCCAACUACGACAGACUUUUCAAAAUAAAGCCCUUGUACAACGAGAUGGUGAGUGCCUGCAAAGCCAAUUUCCAGCCCUAUCAGAAUCUGUCCAUUGAUGAGCGGAUGGUUGCCAGCAAAGCGCGCAUCAGCAUGAAGCAGUAUGUCAAGAACAAGCCCACAAAAUGGGGUUACAAACUUUUUGUGCUGGCUGAUUCAUCUAUAGGCUACACGUGGAAUUUUAACGUGUACACAGACAAAACUGAGUCCCCCAUGGUCCACAGUCUGAGUUACACAGCUGUGAUGAACCUUAUGGUUUUUCCUCUCCUCGGUAGUGGCUACACAUUGUACACUGACCACUCUUACACAAGCCCCACUCUCUUCACAGAUUUGUCCAAAAAGAACAUUGGCUGUUGUGGGACUAUCAAGAAACAUCACAAUGGCUUCCCACAGACCGAGACCAACGACCUGCCCAAAAAGGCAGAAAGGGGGGACAUUCGUUGGAUGAGGAAUGGCAAACUCCUCUUCGUGAAGUGGAUGGACACGAGAGAGGUUUCCAUGUGCUCCACAGUGCAUCGGUCCUACAGUGGGCAGACGGUGAAGAGAAGAGUGAAGGAGGCCGGCGUGUGGAAAUUCAAAUCCAUACCUGUUCCGGACUGCGUCUUGGACUACAAUAAGCACAUGGGUGGUGUGGAUUUGUCUGAUGCGCUGAUUGGAUUUUACUCUGUCCGCCGAAAGACAAUGAAGUGGUACAAGAGUUUUUUUUUCCACUUUAUGGACAUUGCCGUUGUCAACAGUUUCCUCUUACACACGGAGCUGUUCAAGUUCAGGAAGGACUCCACCCUGAAAAAGCCCCUCAGUCAGAAGAUCUUCAGGGAGCAUUUGGUGAAGAACAUGAUGGAGUUUGCUGGGGCAUCCGUAGAGACGCCACCACGGCCCCGCACCACUUGCAUGCCCUUAUUCUAUGACAACGGGGAGGGAAGGGCCAGGAAGCACUGCAAGAAGUGUCAAAAUGAUGGGAUAUCCAGGGUGAAGACAGCAGUGUAUUGUAGGAAAUGUAAUGUUCCUCUCUGCCUCUCUUCAAAGAAGAACUGCUUCCAGCUGUGGCAUGAUGGAAAGAAAGAUCGUUUGUAAAUAAAUGGACAAUGUGUAUCAUGUGUUUUAGUAGUGUAAAUAGCUGUUUUUCCACUUUGAUAAAAAAAAAUAAAUCUGUUUGAUUUUUCAA